AAAUCAUCUUUGUCUUUCCUUCUAAUCAAACUUUUGUGUUUCUCAAUCCUUCAUUUCUUUUUUUAGGACUUCUUAAGAGAAAUUUUUAUGUGCUCUCUUUAUUCAAAGGGAUUCAAUUGCUAGUUCUCGAAUCAGAUAUAUAUCUCUAAUUAAUUAAGAGCACCACAUCGUUCGGCCAAAAUGGAUGUCUCCAACACACAACAAAAUCUUGCAACUUCCCAACCAAACUAUGAUAAACAGAGUGAAUUAAAAGCCUUUGACGACACAAAAGCUGGUGUCAAAGGGCUAACUGAUGCUGGAAUUACUAAAGUGCCUCAAAUAUUCAUUCAUCCAGAAGCCUUAGAAAACCCCUCGAGCCCCAAAAAAACACAUUUUAUUUUCCCAUUAAUAGACCUUCAAAACAUCAAUAAAGAUCCUAUUAAGCACAAAGAAAUAGUAAACAAAAUUCAAGAUGCAGCUGAAACAUGGGGUUUCUUUCAAGUGAUCAAUCAUGGAAUUCCAGUGUUAGUACUGGAUGAAAUGUUGCGAGGAGCACGUCGUUUUCAUGAGCAAGAAAUCGAUGUUAAGAAGCCGUACUAUAGUCGAGAUGUGGCGAGGAAGGUGAUGUAUAACUGCAAUUUUGAUUUGUUUACUGAGAAAGCUUUAGCUGCAAACUGGAGAGACUCGCUUUAUUCUGUUAUGGCUCCAAAUCCUGCUAAACCAGAGGAAUUGCCUGAGACGUGCAGGGAAAUUGUAAUAGAGUACUCAGAUCAUGUGAUGAAAUUGGGGUGCAAGUUGCUUGAGUUAUUAUCAGAGGGUCUUGGUCUCAAACCUAAUCAUCUCAAAGAAAUGGACUGUGCUGAGGGACUUGGCAUUUUGUGUAAUUAUUAUCCUGCAUGUCCACAACCAGAACUUGCAAUAGGCACAAGCAGACAUGCAGAUAAUGACUUUUUCACAGUACUUCUACAAGAUGAUUUUGGCGGACUUCAAGUUUUUCACCAAAAUCAGUGGGUUGAUGUUCCUCCUAUCCCUGGAGCUUUAGUUAUCAAUAUUGGUGAUAUUCUCCAGCUCAUAUCAAAUGACAAGUACAAAAGCAUAGAGCACAGAGUGUUGGCAAAUAAAGUUGGUCCAAGAAUAUCAGUAGCAAGUUUCUUCGGCACAGGGCCAUUGGCAUCUUCUAGGAUUUAUGGACCAAUUAAGGAGCUAUUAUCAGAAGGCAAUCCUCCAAAAUAUAGAGAAACUACAAUGAAGGACUUCUUUGAAUAUUCUAGCCAGAAAGGACUUGAUGGCAAUUCUAAUUUGUCUCACUAUAGAAUCUGAAACUUAGAUAUUGAGUUGAAAUAAUGUUUUUGUGAUUUAACUAGUAAAGAAAUAACAUAUAUAUAUAUUUCUGAACUUUAAAGAAGAAAAAAAUGUCACAUUUGUAUUUUUGACCACUAGUGAUCAUUUGGUUGAAAGAAUUCAAAAAUUAAUCCAACAUAAAAUAUUCUAAAUAAUGUCACACCCCCUUUUUCACCUCACUAAACCUCCUAAAAAUAAUAAAAUGAUUUUUUGAAGCUCGAAAAGGGUUUCAAUUAACAAAAGUGACAAAAAAAUUGUGUUACGAAAAAUUUUUCAGAGUCGCCACUCAACAUAGUUUGAUUUUGGUGUGUCGAGUCACCGUUUUUUAAUAAAUGGAUUUUCUUUUUUCAAACACAUUUGACUCUAAAACUGACUGCACCAGAGAUUCAAGGUAAGGGGGUUCAUUUGACUCAGGGAGAAGGUGUUAGGCAUUUCCCGAGUCCCGUGAAAAUCAUGGUUGCAUAGUCAAUCUAGUUGGCUUUUAAAAUAUUCAACUUGAGGUAAAAAUAAAUACAGAAAAGAAAAAUAAACAUACAAGAGGCUCGAGGUCGUUCCCACCUAAUAAAAGAAAAAUGAAAAUAAAAAUAAAAAUAAAAAUACUACGAGUUCUAUUUUCGGCCUCCAAAUACAAAUACUUCGGGGCAUAUUCCGGAUAAAAAUAUAUACAAAUCUCGGGGGGCAUUCCCUGGAUAAUAAACUAAAAGGGAGCGACCUCCCAACUCGAAUAAAAAAAUCCUAAGGUUUGCCUACCCGAGUGUUAACGGCCUAAAUAUGCUCCUACCGACUUUAAGCAAACAAGAUAAAAUAAAACAAAUUGUUCAUGGGCGUAAUAUUUGAUUUCAUUUAGUAUUACCCCAAACCCCAUGGCCAUAUAACUCUUUAACAGUUCAUGCUACCAAAUCUAUCCUUCGUCGAUUUUGGAUCACUUUUCUGCACAAACAUUCUCAUCCCAACAAACACACUUUAGGAACUAUACGAACAGAUAGCCUAUAUCCGGAUAUUCAUCAAAUGAAAUUAACUAAUAAAUAAAUUACGCACAUAUAAUAGCAAAUCAGAGAAAUUGAUUAAAGCAAGGACUGAAAAAAAAUGUCAAAUUAGGAGAAGAAAAAGAAAUGGACCUCAAUUAAAGUAAGAACUUCUCCAAUUUUAAUUAACCUCCAGCAAGAUGUACCAAAUGAUCCGAUCUAGCCGUCAAUGCAACAAUGAAUUCCAAUUGAAAUAUGACCAGAAAAAGAAUAAACCACGACCGGAACCCGGAUCCGCAACCUCGAACGAAGACCUCUGUUAAACUCUAACUCAAGAAAUCAGUAAUUUGUUUUGUGGGUGUUAAUUAGUGCUUUUGGAAGAAGGUUUGUGAGCAGCAUUAACGGAGUUUUCUGGCGAAAGAACAUUGACCGCAGGUGGUCUACAUAGUGUGAUUUUUGGUUAAUAGAGAUGUAAUUUUAGUGAAAAAUUGAUGAAGAGGGUGAGAGUAUUUGGGGACUGAUUUCAUGGAGCAAAUCGUUCCUCUUCUCCUUACUGCGCGUGUGUGUGUGUUGCGGCUGUGAGGUUUUGGAGAGGAGGUUGAGGGUGCCGUUAGGAGAUCGAGAAGGGUAGGGUGUGCUAGGUUUCCGGCGGGUUUUUUUUUUAGGGUGGAGUGGAGGCCUUUUCUUUGGUGGAGUGCGGCGGCGGAAUGCGUAUUUUGGCGGAGUUGCUGGAGGCAGAGGGUCUUGGAGAGGAUGAUGCGGCUGGUCUAGGUUAAUGGAGGUUUGAUAAUGUUCUCUUGGUUGAGGAUGACGACAGGAUAUGGGGUGGUGAAGAGGGGCAGUGGAUGGCCGGCGACAGAGGGUGGUCGUUUUAGGGUGGCGGCUAUGGUGUUUUGUGUGGUCAAGAAGAAGGGUUUUUCUCCUAGGUUAAUGAAGGGGUGGACGGUGUCACAGGGGCAUUUUUUGUCCUUCGAAAACACUGCUCGCUGUGCGGCAGUCAAGUCCAUACUUGGCUCAGCCUUUGCCCGAUUUUCUUUCGCUUUCGAGAUUUGGCACUUAGAAUAAUUUCAAGGAAACAUAAAUAAAUAAAGGCUCAAGCAGAUUUAUGGGAA